GGAAGGGCCGGGGAAGAUGGCGGCGCGCAGCGGGCUGGAGGCCGCGCUGAGGGUGGGGGGCGCCGCCGCCGCGCGGCCCGAGCAGUUCCUGAGUGUACAAGAUGGGCUGGCUGCUGAGUUCAGAGCGUUAACAAAGACUCUAUACGAUUUAAAUAAAGCUCUGGGAAGCAAUGUAGUUCGUGGGAGUCCUCUAAAAGAGCUGGUGAUAGAAAAUUUUGAUGAAGAACAGAUUUGGCAACAACUAGAGCUCCAGAAUAAUGCAAUUCUUGAUUUCUUCAAGAAAUCCAUUGCAAGGGAUGCCAAUGAUAAAGAUCUUUGCCUUGUCUCAGACCAGGAAGAUGAUGGCUCUGAUGCAGAGGCUAGCAGUGAUAAUGAAUUGGAAGACGUAAUGGAAGCAGAAACUGAACAGGAGAAUGUUUCUACAAAACAAGAAACUAAAACUAAAGAAAAGCAAAAUAAACCCAAAGAAACUGUAAAGCAGAAAUACAGUGAUGAGGAUUCUGAUGUUGACUUUGAUAUCGAUGCACUAGAAGAACAAACUAAAAUAGCAAAGGAAACAACAUUGAAAAGAAAAGGAAGAAAAUCUGUAGUGGAUGACAAGUUUUUCAAGCUGGCUGAGAUGGAAGCUUUUCUAGAACACGCAGAGAGGGAAAACAGGGAGAGGGAGGAGGAGGAGGAGGAAGAUGAUAUCAACUACUUUGAAGACAUCAUCUCGGACAAUGAGGAGGAGGAAUCUCAAGAAACUAAAGUCAAAUCAAUUAAAAGUUCUAGAGACCUGACGUACAAAGACUUCUUUGAUCCUGUUGAUGACAAUGAUGACUUAGUAGCUAAUGGUGUUGAAGAUGAUCAGGAAGAGGAAGCAGACAGUGCUAUUGAAAAGGAGAAUGAAGAAAGCAUGUCUGAGGUGGAGGAUAUUGAGGAAAUGAUGGAGAAUGUGAGAGGUAAAAAGGCCUCUCCAAAAGUUACUUUUAGAUUGCCAGAGGACAGUGAAACUGAAGAUGGUAUUGACAUGCAAUUCGAGAAGGGCAUUGAUCCUGGUGAAAUAAAGUCAUCUUUUGAAAAGAGACAAGAAAGGAUGAGUGAAAAAAUAAAAAGUUUAGAAGAAAAGUUGUUAGAAGAGAAACCUUGGCAGCUUAAAGGAGAAGUGACUGGACAAAAGCGACCGGAAAAUAGCCUUUUGGAGGAAACAAUACUCUUUGAUCAUGCAGUCCGAAUGGCUCCUGUGAUCACAGAAGAAACUACUUUUCAGCUUGAAGAUAUCAUUAAACAGAGAAUAUUGGAUGAGGCAUGGGACGAUGUAGAACCGAAAGAAAAACCAAAAGAGGAUGCCUUCGAAUACAAGAAGCGUAUCACUUUGGACCAUGAAAAAAGUAAACUGAGUCUUGCUGAGAUCUAUGAGCAAGAAUACUUGAAACUUCACCAGCAAAAAACUGAAGAGGAAGAAAAUCCUGAACACAAAGAAAUCCAGGAAAUGAUGGAUUCACUUUUCCUGCAACUGGAUGCACUUUGUAAUUUCCACUUUACGCCCAAACCACCUGUGCCAGAAGUGAAAAUAGUUUCAAACCUGCCAGCUAUCACUAUGGAAGAAGUAGCACCUGUUGCUGUUAGUGAUGCUGCUCUCCUAGCACCAGAGGAGAUCAAGGAAAAGAACAAAGCUGGUGAUGUAAAAACAGAUGCAGAAAAGACUUCCACAGACAAAAAACGAGAGAGAAGAAAGAAAAAGCUUCGUAAACGUAUAAAGAUACGGGAAAAAGAGAGACGUCAAAAGCUUCUUGAAAAGACGAAACCGGAGGAAGGCAUAAAACUCAGCAAAAAAGCUGCUGCAGCAAAAUUGAAAAAGCUUACAAAAGAAGGCAAAGCAACUCUGCUCAAGGAUGAAGGAAAAGACAAGGCCUUGAAAUCAUCCCAAGCCUUCUUUUCUCAGUUACAAGACCAAGUGAAAAUGCAAGUCAAAGAUGCAAACAAAUUAAAGAAGAAACAGAAGAAGCAGAAAGAAGUCUCUGUCCAUAAACUUAAAUUGUAAUUUAAGUUUUAAUACAUGCUCUGUCUUGUAUAUAUUAAAAUGUUUGUAUUUUAAUGUUGCAUUGGAAUAAUUGCUGGGUUUUAUACAUCAUUAAAACGUUCUGUGAACUUCU